UUUUAUAGACGUUUAAUAUAAAAUUUCAUAUAUAAACUAUCCGGAAAAUCAGUAACGGUAUCAGUUCUUGUGUUGACCUCCUCAAGAUGAGAACAAUAAUCGUUCUAAGCAUUGCUUUGGCACUCAUCCCAGGAUUGCAAUCGCGAUCCUUGGUUGUCGCCCCUAUUGCAACCAACCCAGCUCUUCGGCCCCUACCAAUUGCCGUUCAACCCGAAGUUGAAUCCCCAGAAAUCGAAGUUAAUCCCGUACCCAUCGUCCCAGGAAUCAAACCUGUCCCACUCCCAGAGGUCGAAACUCCAGAAUUGGAAAUCGACCCUGUGCCAAUUGUCCCAGGAGUGAAACCUGUACCUCUCCCAGAAGUAGAAACACCAGAAUUGGAAGUAGUUGAGCCUGUACCGAUUGUCCCAGGUGUAAAACCUGUACCACUCCCAGAAGUAGAAAGUCCAGAAUUGGAAGUUGAUCCUGUGCCAAUUGUCCCAGGAGUUAAACCCGUACCCCUUCCAGAAAUUGAUACCCCAGAAUUGGAAGUAGUAGACCCCGUACCAAUUGUCCCCGGUGUAAAACCUGUACCACUCCCAGAAGUAGAAAGUCCAGAAUUGGAAGUUGACCCCGUGCCAAUUGUCCCAGGAGUUAAACCAGUACCACUCCCAGCAGUAGAAACACCCGAAUUAGAAGUCGACCCCGUGCCAAUUGUCCCAGGAGUUAAACCCGUACCCCUCCCAGGAGUAGAAACUCCAGAAUUGGAAGUCGACCCCGUGCCAAUUGUCCCAGGAGUUAAACCCGUACCCCUCCCAGGAGUAGAAACUCCAGAAUUGGAAGUCGACCCCGUGCCAAUUGUCCCAGGAGUUAAACCCGUACCCCUCCCAGCAGUAGAAACACCCGAAUUAGAAGUCGACCCCGUGCCAAUUGUCCCAGGAGUUAAACCCGUACCCCUCCCAGGAGUAGAAACUCCAGAAUUGGAAGUCGACCCCGUGCCAAUUGUCCCAGGAGUUAAACCCGUACCCCUCCCAGCAGUAGAAACACCCGAAUUAGAAGUCGACCCCGUGCCAAUUGUCCCAGGAGUUAAACCCGUACCCCUCCCAGGAGUAGAAACCCCAGAAUUGGAAGUAGUUGACCCUGUACCAAUUGUCCCAGGAGUUAAACCCGUACCCCUCCCAGGAGUAGAAACCCCAGAAUUGGAAGUCGACCCCGUGCCAAUUGUCCCAGGAAUUAAACCCGUACCCCUCCCAGCAGUAGAAACACCCGAACUAGAAGUCGACCCCGUGCCAAUUGUCCCAGGAGUUAAACCCGUACCCCUCCCAGGAGUAGAAACUCCAGAAUUGGAAGUCGACCCCGUGCCAAUUGUCCCAGGAGUUAAACCCGUACCCCUCCCAGCAGUAGAAACACCCGAAUUAGAAGUCGACCCCGUGCCAAUUGUCCCAGGAGUUAAACCCGUGCCCCUCCCAGCAGUAGAAACCCCCGAAUUAGAAGUCGAUCCCGUGCCAAUUGUCCCAGGAGUUAAACCCGUACCCCUCCCAGGAGUAGAAACCCCAGAAUUGGAAGUAGUUGACCCUGUACCAAUUGUCCCAGGAGUUAAACCCGUGCCCCUCCCAGCAGUAGAAACCCCCGAAUUAGAAGUUGACCCCGUGCCAAUUGUCCCAGGAGUUAAACCCGUACCCCUCCCAGGAGUAGAAACCCCAGAAUUGGAAGUCGACCCCGUGCCAAUUGUCCCAGGAGUUAAACCCGUACCCCUCCCAGGAGUAGAAACUCCAGAAUUGGAAGUAGUUGACCCUGUGCCAAUUGUCCCAGGAGUUAAACCCGUACCCCUCCCAGCAGUAGAAACCCCCGAAUUAGAAGUCGAUCCCGUGCCAAUUGUCCCAGGAGUUAAACCCGUACCCCUCCCAGGAGUAGAAACUCCAGAAUUGGAAGUAGUUGACCCUGUACCAAUUGUCCCAGGAGUUAAACCCGUGCCCCUCCCAGCAGUAGAAACCCCCGAAUUAGAAGUCGACCCCGUGCCAAUUGUCCCAGGAGUUAAACCCGUACCCCUCCCAGGAGUAGAAACCCCAGAAUUGAAAGUCGACCCCGUGCCAAUUGUCCCAGGAGUUAAACCCGUGCCCCUCCCAGCAGUAGAAACCCCCGAAUUAGAAAUCGACCCCGUGCCAAUUGUGCCAGGAGUUAAACCAGUACCACUCCCAGCAGUAGAAACCCCCGAAUUAGAAGUCGACCCCGUGCCAAUUGUCCCAGGAGUUAAACCCGUACCCCUCCCAGCAGUAGAAACCCCAGAAUUGGAAGUCGACCCCGUGCCAAUUGUCCCAGGAGUUAAACCCGUGCCCCUCCCAGCAGUAGAAACUCCCGAAUUAGAAGUCGACCCCGUGCCAAUUGUCCCAGGAGUAAAACCUGUACCCCUUCCAGAGGUCGAAAGCCCAGAAUUGGAAGUUAAUCCAGUACCAAUUGUACCCGGAAUCAAACCCGUGCCAGAAACCGACAAACCAUCAAUUGGAAAUUUGCCAACAAAAGACGAAUGUGGCUACUUGGCCGACCUUAUUGGAAAACUCAUCAUCUUUUAAAGUGUUAAAAUAACAAAAAAAUAUGUCCAAAAUAUUUAGUACAAAUAUAUAGAUAAUUGCAUCAAUUA